GCCGCCUCUCCGUGCCCCGGGCCCGGCUGCGCUCGCUCUGCCUUCCCCUGGCUCGCGGGCGGUGCGGCCGGCCGGCCGGCGGGGCAGCAUGCAGCGGGCCGCGCUGUUCGGGAGCGGCAGGGAUGCGCAGAUGGCUGCGGGGGACCUGGGGGAGCUGCUGGUCCCCUACAUGCCCACGAUCCGCGUGCCCAAGUCCGGGGACCGGGUCUACAAGACGGAAUGUGCCUUCUCCUACGAGUGCCCGGAUUCAGAAGGAGGUCUCUAUGUGUGCAUGAACACGUUUCUGGGAUUUGGAAGGGAACACGUUGAAAGGCACUAUCGAAAAACAGGACAGUGUGUAUAUAUGCAUCUGAAACGACAUGUGAUAGAGAAGGUACCAGGAGCAUCUGGUGGAGCUUUACCGAAAAGGAGGAACGCAAUGCUAUUUUUAGAUCUAGAAACAAAUGGCGAUUUAAACAAUGACGAUGUUGAGUAUGAAGAUGAAGCCAAACUCGUUAUAUUUCCAGAUCACUAUGAAAUUCCAUUACCAAAUAUAGAGGAGUUGCCAGCACUGGUAACAAUAGCUUGUGACGCAGUCCUCAGUUCAAAAUCUCCCUACCGAAAGCAGGACCCGGACUCGUGGGAAGAAGAGCUACAAGUAUCCAAACAUGCCAAAACGCUUGUACAGAUAGACAACGGUGUUAGGAUUCCCCCCAGUGGCUGGAAGUGCUCGAAGUGUGACCUGCGGGAGAACCUCUGGCUGAACCUGACGGAUGGCUCGGUGCUGUGCGGGAAAUGGUUCUUCGAUGGCAGUGGGGGAAACGGACAUGCACUGGAACACUACAAAGAGAUGGGCUAUCCCUUAGCAGUGAAGCUGGGAACCAUCACUCCUGAUGGUGCAGAUAUCUAUUCUUUUGAUGAAGAGGAGGCAGUUUUAGAUCCACAUAUAGCAAAACACUUGGCGCACUUCGGGAUUGAUAUGCUCCAGAUGCAUGUGACAGAGAACGGCCUAAGAGAUAACAACAUAAAGCCAAGAGUCUCUGAGUGGGAAGUGAUUCAGGAAUCUGGUGUGAAGCUCAAGCCCAUGUAUGGCCCAGGAUACACUGGCAUGAAGAACCUGGGAAAUAGCUGCUACCUCAGUGCUGUCCUGCAGGCCAUUUUCAGCAUCCCAGAGUUUCAGCGAGCGUAUGUGGGAAACCUUCCGAGAAUAUUCGACUACUCGCCUCUAGAUCCAACACAAGAUUUCAACACGCAGAUGGCUAAACUAGGACACGGACUCCUUUCGGGCCAGUACUCUAAACCACCAAUGAAAUCUGAGCUUAUUGAACAGGUGAUGAAGGAAGAACACAAGCCUCAACACAAUGGAAUUUCUCCUCGAAUGUUUAAGGCCUUUGUAAGCAAAGGGCAUCCAGAAUUCUCCUCCAAUAGACAGCAAGAUGCACAGGAGUUUUUCCUGCACCUUAUAAACCUAGUAGAGAGAAACCGCAUUGGCUCAGAAAACCCCAGCGACGUUUUCAGGUUCCUGGUGGAAGAACGCACACAGUGCUGCCAGUCUAGGAAAGUCCGAUACACAGAAAGGGUAGAUUAUCUCAUGCAGUUACCUGUGGCCAUGGAGGCAGCAACGAACAAAGAUGAAUUAAUUGCCUAUGAACUGAAGAGGAGAGAAGCAGAAGCUGCUAGGAGACCUCCGCCAGAGCUCGUCCGUGCCAAGAUCCCUUUUAGUGCGUGUCUGCAGGCCUUUUCUGAACCAGAAAACGUAGAAGACUUCUGGAGCAGUGCCCUUCAAGCAAAAUCUGCAGGAGUUAAAACAUCUCGCUUUGCUUCAUUUCCUGAGUACCUGGUAGUGCAGAUAAAGAAGUUCACCUUUGGCCUUGACUGGAUACCCCAAAAGCUUGAUGUUUCCGUAGACAUGCCAGACCUACUAGACAUCAAUCACCUCCGUGCAACGGGACUACAACCAGGAGAAGAGGAACUUCCCGACAUUGCUCCGCCCAUUAUCAUUCCUGAUGACCCCAAAGAUCGCAUGAUGAACCAUUUCAUGGAGCCUCCGGAUAUGGAUGAAUCUUCAGUGAUGCAGCUAGCAGAGAUGGGUUUCCCCUUGGAAGCGUGUCGGAAAGCUGUGUACUAUACAGGAAACAUGGGUGCUGAAGUGGCUUUCAACUGGAUCAUUGCACACAUGGAAGAACCGGAUUUUGCAGAGCCAUUAGCUAUACCUGGCUAUGGGGGAGUUGCUUCUGCUGGAGCAGCUGGUCUAGGGGCUAUUGGGUUAGAUAACCAGCCUCCAGAAGAGAUGGUAGCUCUCAUCACCUCCAUGGGAUUCCAGAGGAAUGUAGCUAUUCAAGCACUCAAAGCAACAAAUAAUAAUUUGGAGCAUGCACUGGACUGGAUCUUCAGCCACCCUGAGCCCGAAGAGGAAAGCGGGUCUGCUUCAGAUGUGAUGGAUAUGGAAAAUAAUGCUAAUGCCAACAUCCUUGCAGAGGCAGGUUCAGAGGGGCCCAGGAUCAAAGAUGGGUCUGGAAGGUAUGAGCUCUUUGGAUUCAUCAGCCACAUGGGAACAUCCACAAUGAGUGGCCACUAUGUUUCCCAUCUCAAAAAGGAAGGAAGAUGGGUGAUCUACAACGACCUUAAAGUCUGUGCCUCAGAACGACCUCCCAGAGACCUGGGCUAUAUUUACUUCUACCGUAGGAUACCAAGUUAGGCCUCAAAUACGUUAUUUGGCCUUAAGAAGCCAUAAACCCUUUUAAUCUGCCAAAAAAAAAAAGAGUAUAAAAAUUAAAAAAACCUUGGACUGCCAAAAAAGCAAAGGAAAACAUGGGAUAUUUAUAGUUUAUUUAAAAACACAGUCAUUUGAUGCCUUCUUAAGUUUUAGCAGGGAAAUUUCUAUUAGGUGGAUAUUUUAAAUUGAUAUACAUUAAAGGAUAUCUUAAGACCGUGCAGGUUACUAAUGGAGUUUGCAAAUAGCUCAUGGAGAAUAUGCAUUUGUUUUAGAACUACACUACAACCCGAUUACUGCCCUGUGGUUCAGCUAUGUUCUUGGAAGACCUUUGGGGAAUGUACAGUUCUACAAUAGUAGCUGCCCACUGCUUCCAACUGGAGAGUCCACACUGGUUCUGGAUGUCACAAAUUUACCUUUGCUUCAUGUAUAAUUGAAGGGGGGAGAAAUUGUUUUCCAUCACAGAAUAUGCCUCAGUCACGAUAUUAUUUUUAGUACAAUAAGGAAUGACUUAUAUAGCUAUGUAUAUUAAAAUGUAGGGAUACAGAAUGUUUUGUUUUGCCUCCUUGAUGCUUGAAAUCAAAACACCAAUGCAAAAUUUGGAAGCUGUUAAUCCCUUGUCAGUGCCCUAUGCAUUAUGCCAAAUAGAAAUGGUGGGUUUUAUUUUAUGUAUUUAAUGUGGGUUUUUUUUAAACUCUUCCUGAAAUCCUGUUGUGUUUUUUAAAUUAUCCCAAGAGAUUCAGGAUUGCAAGUGGCUGAAGGAAAUAGAUAUGCUGAUUUGAUAAGUAACUCUACCACUCAGGAAUAACAACCACCAUUUUCCUCCAAAGGUGUUAAAAAAGAGGAGCAAUGUCCCUUUAAUUGUUGCAAAGAAUUUUGUGCCCAGACCAGCUGAAACUGGCUCCAUGACAAAGUGCUGGCUCCAGUACAAUUCUGCUUUUUGCCAAAGGUUGUUUAAUUAUUUAAGUUUCUUCCAUGGAUGGAGGAAAUUGCUUGGUAAAAAUGCUGAUUUAUUGAUUUUUUUUUUUUAAAUUCAUAACAUAUCAACUUUCUAGAAACUUGCAAACGCACUGAUAAUCUGAUCUGCACAAUGCACCCCUUAUACAUGGACUUCUGGGGUUUUUUGUCCACUUUUUGUCCCAUUUUUUCCCCAUAUUGUUUCCUUAUUUCAAUUUGAGUCAUAAACAAGAAGGGGCCUGGGGGGGGGGUUUAAAUUGUAGUUGUUAAAAAAGUUCUGUUUUUAAAAAAAAUACAAUGGUGAAUGUGUAAUCUUUUUUGUUUCCAAAAAAAAGUUCACAGUACGUUGGCUUCUGCUGAGAGACCGUUGGUAAAAUUGCCUCUUAUAAUAUUACUGAUCCCUCAAAAUACGUUUGAACAGUCAAAAGAAUCCAUGCAGAGCAGGAGAGGCAGGGAGUUGUAAUUAUGUCUUCUCUGCAUUUAAUGUCUGCAAGUUUAAUAGCAAAAUGCAGGCUAUUGUACAACCAAAGGGAACCUGAAUUUAAAGAUGCUGGUUACAACUAGGGCUUUUUUUUAAUGUCUGACUAAAAACUGUUCCCAUAGUGUAACACAGUCUGGUAUAGAUCAAUAAGCAUGGUAAUAUAGGCCUAGUUUUCCUGAUCAGUAUUUGAUCUGAAAAGUGGUACUAGAUGUAGAGAGAAAUUCUAGUGCAAUAAUUCUGUAGUAGUGUAUGUGAUGCCUAAUCACUGGGAAAGCUUCCUCUAUUUAACACCCUUCCAGGGACACUAGAAUGGUGGUGUUUCACAUUAGAAAGUGGCUCCCAUAAGAUUCAUCUGCCUUGUCAUUCUUAAGUAGUUUACUGUAGACAAAAUAAAAAUUGCCAGCAAAUCUACUUGUUCCUACAGUAUUUGGCUAUUUGUGUCUUUCACUAGCAGUUGCCUAUUCUGAAAAAUGAAUCAGGAAAGCAUGCAGUGGCACAUCCUGUAUUUAAAGUGAAGGAGCUGAACUUUCAGAUAGUUUUUUAUUUUUGCUUUUGGCAGUAAAAAAGGAAAAGAUCAUUUUCAUGCCCAGUUAUAUUUCAAAGAAGUGCAACAACAGCUUUCUCCUCUGCCUCAUGAAUUUAAAGGGCUAUUUAUAAACUGGAAAGGUCUGGUAUGCAUAACCUUUUUAUUUAGAGACCUUGGCUAAGUUACAGAUCAUGGGGUCUUUACCGUGCUCAUUGUUAAACUGGAAACAUGGCAAAGCUCCUAGGAAUAAGGAUGGAGCAUGAACUCUCACAGACCGUUUACUUGUAUAUAGAGAUAUCUAAAACUGGAAAGACCAUGUGUGUGUGAUAUUAAUAUUAUAUAUUUAACAUCGGGCACACUUAAAAAUCUAGCAGGUGAGAAGGUGGAAAGUGAUAGUUAAAAGAAAAAAAUUAGCUGGCUGUAAUAGGUGCAUUUUUAGUGUCUGCAUUUCUGAAAUCCUUUUAGUGCAAGUAUUGUUCAGCCCUUUGUGCUGCGUAAGCUACAAGUGGGCAAAAGUGCAGGGUGCAAUAAAGGGGAAAGGCUGAAUGAUCUUUCAUGAAAGUAUUGCAUUUGAAAAUACCUUGAAGUUCUCCAGCUGUUUGUGCAUUUUGUCCCCUCAUCACUGUUUUCACCUUCAGAUAUUCAAUUUACUCUAAAUUCUUUUUCUUCUCUUUCUUUUUUCUUCAACGAUAUGACUAAAGGUGAACAAUGACAUUGGUACAUUAGGAUGCAAUCAUCUGACUCUGGAACCUAGAGGGAGAGGUACACUUGUUUGAUCCAUUUAAGCUCUGAUCUAGCAAAGCACUUAAGCGCAUGCUCAGUUUCAAGAAGGUGGGUAGUCCUAUUGAUGUCAGUACGACUACUCCCUGAGCUUACGUACCUUGCUGGAUCAGGGCAAUAGGGAGUGACUUGAGCAAUGGGUGAUGGGAGGACUUGUGGUUCAGCUGGAUUCCAGUAACUGUUUCAAGUUUUUUUUUUGUUUUUUUUUUGUGUUGUGAGCUUCUUGGGAGUAAAGGUUGAGGAAAAGAGUCACUUUGGCCCAGAUCCUCAAAGGUGUUUGAGCUCCUAACUCCUGUUGAUAUCAAUGGGAUUAAGGUCACUAAAUGCCUUUGAUGAUCUGGGCCUUUGAACCUAAAAAGGCAAGUUAUUGAAUCAGCUGAAUACCAUGAAUCAAGAGGCACAACGCAACCAGCUGUUUUAUUGUUGGAGCUGGUUAUAAAUGUCCGAAUUAUGCAACUUUUGGGAGGAAGGGGAAAUGUUUGACAAUUCUCCCCCCCUCCCGUUUAAAAUCCUGCUUUAUUUCUAAAGGAGUCUAGAACCCAUUAUGAUUCACAGUGUCCUCUCUUCAAAGCAGAAGUAGAAUGUGAUUCUUAAAAUCCUUUUAUCUGGUUGGUUAAAAUGUAAUUAGGAUAUAAUCUUAAUUAAAAAUAAUAAAGCCUUCAGCCAGUCUGGGAGUCUUUGGACCUGAUUCUUCUUUCCCUUUUACCAGUUCCACACUGGAGUACCUCUGCUGAGUUAUUCCUGAUUUACACUGGUGUAAAUGAAAUCUGAAGCAGGCCCUGUUUCUUAGGAACUUUCAACCUCAUGGAGGUGCAGUAAAACUUGUGACAUGGAUGCAUUAGGUCUUCGUUGUAGCUUUUAGAAACAGACCUCCAGCUAAUAUCUUUGUUUUCCAUCCCAGUGGCAGUCAUCUCUGUUUUCUCUUCUAUCUGACUUCAGAUGCAUUGAACGACUAUGCAAAACAUGUUGUAACUGGAAAUGCUUUUUUAUUCCCCUCCCAUUCCUGCCGCCCCCCAUUAACGGAGCAGAUCAAUUUCUGAUUCCUGCCACAUCUUUUGAGGUUUUCUGUUGUGUCCUGGAAGUGUUUGUAAUAGUUUAUUUUGCGCCAUUCAGCAUUGUUUGCUUGAAGCACUGGUAACAUUUUGGAGAGUAUUUGUUUGAGAUGGGAAGGGAUAUGAAUGAUAUAUUGUUGCAAUUGUUUCAAAUUAAAAAUAUUCUCACA